GCAGCUGUCAGGAGAUCUUCCCCGCUCUCUGGCGCCUCGCUCUCAGAAGCUCCGGAUCCUGACACACGCGAGGCGCUGUCCUUUCAGCACCACAAGCUCAGGGCUGAGGAGGGAGGACUCCUGCUUGUCCUCCUCCUCUUCAGAUUGGCUUGAAUCUGCUCUGAUCCCCCAAGAGUGCAGCGCAUUGGCAAUCUUGCAGUACGGGGGCUGCUAACUUUCCAUGGAACAACAACAACAAAAAAUGGCCCUUCGCUAUUGAGGAAAUGGAGGAAUUCCAUACCUGAAUAACAGGAUCAGGUCUGGGAAGAAAGGCUUAAGGAUGGUGAAGCUGAACAGUAACCCCAACGAGAAGGGAACCAAGCCACCUUCAGUUGAGGAUGGCUUCCAGACCGUUCCUCUCAUCACUCCUUUGGAGGUUAAUCACUUACAACUGCCUGCUCCGGAGAAGGUGAUUGUGAAGACAAGAACAGAGUACCAGCCAGAACAGAAGAACAAAGGGAAGUUCCGGGUGCCAAAGAUCGCGGAAUUUACGGUCACAAUCCUCGUCAGCCUGGCCCUCGCUUUCCUUGCCUGCAUUGUGUUCCUGGUGGUUUACAAAGCCUUCACCUAUGACCACAGCUGCCCAGAGGGAUUUGUCUAUAAGCACAAGCGCUGCAUCCCAGCCUCCCUGGAUGCUUACUACUCAUCCCAGGACCCCAACUCCAGAAGCCGCUUCUACACGGUCAUCAGCCACUACAGUGUGGCCAAGCAGAGCACUGCCCGGGCCAUCGGGCCUUGGCUGUCAGCAGCUGCUGUCAUUCAUGAGCCCAAGCCUCCUAAGACCCAGGGCCAUUAGAGGCCUACCCCAGCCAGAAUGGGGGUGGUGGUGGAAGGGAAGGCACCUCCUCCGUUGGCUAAGCCAAGCUUGAGUUACAACACUGUACUCCUGGGAUAUGGGGGUGGGGGUGGGGCAGGGCAGGGUGGGGGUGGCACUCUCCAAAAAUAUCGUGCACUGGAGUUGUCUGAAUCAAUAUUUCUUUUUGUCCUUUGGUAUUGUUGAUUCGUCUCUAAGUCAGGCUCAUGUACAAAGGCAUGUUUCGUGUUGAUUGUUCCCAUGUAAGAUAUUUUCAAAGCCACUGCUUAUUCUUUGUUAGGAAAAUUUAAAAACAGAAAAGGAGAGACACAAAUAAAUAAAUAGAAAGCAUGAAACAGGCUCCACCUGGAAGAUAUUGGAGAGCAGUAAAAAGCACAGACUCUGGGCUUCUUAAACAAGAAAUUGUAGCUUCACUAUGGGCUUUGGAAUAUAUGAAUGACAUGGACUGGGACUGUUUGGAAUAUAUGAGUAUGUGAACUGAGUCUUUAGUCUACAGGAUAGGAACACCGGAGGAUAGGAAUGGCUCAGUUGGAGAAAAGAAUUGAUUUUGACAUUUCUAAGCCCAGGAUACACACAGCUCAGAGUAAAAUGUACUGACCACUGGUGCAUUUGGCAGAAUGAGCACAAGCUUUAGCUGGGUGUUCAUGCUAGGGCUUGGGCAGAUCCGCAUGGCCUAGGCCAGCCCACAUGACCUGGGCUCUGAAUGCUCACCCUGUGGCAGUGUGUUUGGGAUAUGCAAAUACUGAGAUGAGGGCAGAUUUUUUUUGUUGUUUUGUUUUGCUAGAUCUAUGCAUGGAUAUUGCCCUUGUUUAUCAAAUAGCAAGGGUAGAGAGGGAGAGAAAGGAGGCAAGACAGCAAGAAAAAAGGAGACACAUGAGGCACAGAGGUGUGACCCUUGGCCAAACUAGAAGAAGCACAGGUACCUAGUUUUAAAAUUUUUUUUAUUUGUUUGUGGUUUCUCAAAAUGCUAACAGGAGUAGCAACAAUUGGAUUACAACCAGGAACUUCAAGUGGUAGCCAAGAAGAGACUUUAAGAUUGGGGCUGCAAUAAUCCCAAUUUAUUUCUAGAAGAAACUGGAAAAGGUGACUGUCUUUUGUUCAUUGCAUUGUAUUGACAAGGGAUAUUGGUCCUAUUUCCCCAGUCAAGUUCUAGAAGCUACUGACAAGGAGGCAAUAUCUGGCAUUGACCAGGCCUCCUGCUCCAUGGGACCAUAUAAGGCAGCCCAUGCCUUUCUCACAGUGUUUCAGGGAGGCCCAUUCUGUGCAGAUUUUGGCUUCAGGCCCAAUAGGGCCAGAAGUGGCUAGGAGAAUUGGUGAUUAGAGAUGUGUUACUGUUUCCCCAUGAGUCUCCAAUAGGCCAUUUAAAAGGGAUUUUUUGUGGCUUGCUAUGUUGCUGAAAUCAUUAUACACAACAGCUGGAAAAUAAGACUAGUAUAGCUCAAACUAUCCUGCCAAAUGCUUUCAUCUGAUUUUUCCUUCCUCCUCCCCUAUUCUCCCAUCACCUUGAGUCACCUGUAAAUUCACUUGUCAUCUGAAGCGGAAUAACAAGUUGUCCUUAGCAAAACCGCUGAGCGCUUUAUAAUUUUGUGGUGUAUUUUUGUCAGUAGGUAGCAGAGGCUCAAGUAUUUUUUGGUGUAAUUCUUGAAAUUUUAUGACAGAAAACAAAUAAAGAUAGAUGUGUCUGAGAAUCUUGA